CUAAUGAACAAGCGUUUCAAACCGAACUAGCCUGUCAGCUAACCGCGCAGAGAUGGCCGAGAACUCUAUCACAGUGACAGUUGCCUAUGGCGCUACGAAGCACAAUAUCACGUUAUCAGGACAGGAUGGAAACGAACCAUUAUUAAAGGAUUUGUGCGAAGCACUGACAGAAGCCACCGGCGUCCCGGUUGCCUCUCAGAAAGUCAUUUUUAAAGGAAAAUCUCUUAAGGAGAUGGAUGAAAGUCUCUCUAGUUUUGGGAUGAAGCAAGGUUGUAAGCUUAUGAUGAUUGGGAAAAGGAACAGUCCUGAGGAGGAGGCAGAGCUGAAGAAACUGAAGGACAUCGAGAAGUCAGUGGAGCAAACAGCCAAGAAGCUAGAGAAAGUGGAUGGCGAACUGACAGGGCUGAAGAAUGGUUUCUUAGCAAAGGAUCUGCAGGCAGAUGCCCUCAACAAACUGGACCGUAGGGUCAAAGUUGCCGCUGAGCAGUUCAUGAAGAUUCUAGAACAGAUUGAUGCUAUGGCUGUGCCUGAAAACUUCAGCGACUGUAGGAUGAAGAAAAAAGGAUUAGUGAAAACCGUUCAGGGAUUCCUUGCUCAGUGUGACAAGAUUGAAGCUGGCAUAUCAGAUCACCUUGCUAAGAUUCAGUCGAAAAAUCUGGCCCUGGCUGAGUAGCUUUCAGUCCCGAGGCUCUGAAAAACUUUUCCCUGAAAGUUGCUCUGUGAGCAAACGUAGAACCGCAAACAAGUGAGCUUCAGUUUUGGAGCGGGUUCUGUAGAGUUUAUUUGAGUCAUGGUUCCUAAAAGCCAGUUCAGAUCAGCAUUGUGAUGGUGUCCAAGACCAGUCUGGUGGGUUGUGUCAUGAACAAUUCUGAAAAUUCAUUACAGACUUUUUUUUCUUUUGUCUUUUGAAAAACAUCCCUUUGGUGCUGAUAAUUUGAUCUGAGUUGUGUAAUAGAGGUCUAGGUUGGAUAUGCAGCGAUGAAUAAUGGAGCAUAAUCAGCAACUUUGUAACCCUUGUAUUUGUGUGUUAAGAACAUCCGAUACACUUUCUCCCUCAGAACUUUCCCGCUGACAGAAUCCAGUAAUGAAAUGAUACAUGGUGCUCUGAAAUGUAUUUUUAUGAUGAGAACUAUUUAAUUUUCUUAUCUAGAGCUUUUGAAUGCUCCAAACAAGGUGCAGGCACAAUUUAAAAGUGAAGUUUAAAAAUGUCGUCUCCUGUAAUGUAAUAAGGUCAGAGCUCUGGUUAGCACAACUCUGCUUUUUGAGGCUUGUCAGACUCAGAGGUGUAAAACCACUAUUAAAUUUCAAAGCCAGUAAGAGUAAACUCAUAUCUUUUCAUUGUUUUAUGAAUAUAAUGUUAUUUGUGGACAGAUUUUCCAUCAUGUUUCAGUAUAUUGCAGGGCUGACCUGAAUGUGUUGUGUACGUUGUGACUGUACGAACCUUGAAGAGACUUACAGUGAAAAGUCAUGCAGUUCACCCCUCAUGUUUGCAAUUUGAAUAAUUAAUUUCUCAUUUCUGUGUAAAUAAAAUGCUGCUUCUGGUGUGGUCUCAUAUCACUC